AUGAGCCUCCUCCGCUCGCGCAGCCCCUCCUCCCGCGACAGCGGCGCCGCUUCCUUCUUCAGCGCCGCGCACCGCCACCUCACGACGCCGACGACGGCCGCGACGCGGCUCGACGCCCGCCGGCGGUACAGCUACGCGUCCUUCUUCCUGCUGACCUCGCUCGUCUCCUUCACCGUCCAGACGGAGCUCGCGUCCUACAUCCAGCACGACCUCGCCUGGGACAAGGCCUACUGCAUGCUGUGGCUGACCCACUCGUCCUGGGUGCUGCUGUGGCCGCUGCAGCUGUGCGUGCUGCGCCUGCGCCGCCGCGAGCAGCCGUGGCGCCGCUUCUGGGAGGGCCACGUGCGCCUGCUGGACGCCGUCGCGCGCAUGGUGGAGACGAGGGACGUGAGGGCCGGCUCGGCUGCUGUUCACCGUGGGCGGAGUGCGAGUGCUGGCGGGGGCGGGUUGGCGCUGGGGAAUGGGCACGGGCACGGGCUCAGGCGCAGCGGGCAUGGUGGGCUGCUGGGGUUGGCGGGGCACGGGCCGGCCGCGCGCUCGCCGUGGCCGUACAUGGCGAGGACGACCGUGUUUGUCACGAUGGCGCUGACCGUCGCCGGGCUGAGCUGGUACGUGGCCGUCAGCAUGACCACGCCGAGCGACCUCACGGCCAUCUACAACUGCAGCGCCUUCUUUGCGUACGCCUUCUCGGUGCCGCUGCUGAAGGAGCCGCUGCGGCUGGACAAGACGAUUGCUGUCGCGGUGGCGAUCACCGGCGUGCUGGUCGUCGCCUACGGCGACGGCGGGUACACGCAGGGGGUCAAGACCGGCAGCGCGGGGGACUCGGUCGAGCCGGGCGCGCGGCUGGCGGGCAACCUGAUCAUCGGCGUCGGGUCGGUGCUGUACGGCCUGUACGAGGUGUUGUAUAAGCGGUUCGCGUGCCCGCCUGACGGCGCCGACGCCACCAAGGGCGUCAUCUUCGCCAACACGUUCGGCAGCCUGAUCGGCGCUUUCACGCUGUGCGUGCUGUGGAUCCCGCUGCCCAUCCUGCACGUGCUGGGCUGGGAGACCUUCGAGGUGCCGACGGGCCGAACCGCCUGGCUGCUGUUCCUCAGCGUCCUCAUGAACAUGGUCUUCUCGGGCUCCUUCCUCGUGCUCAUCUCGCUCACGAGCCCCGUGCUCAGCUCCGUCGCCGCCCUGCUGACCAUCUUCAUCGUCGCCGUCGCCGACUGGUACCUGAGCAGCAACCCGCUCACGCCGGCCGGCAUCAUCGGCGGCCUGCUGAUCGUCGCCGCCUUCGCCAUGCUCAGCUGGAGCACCUGGCGCGAGAUGAACGAGGCCGACCACAGGAAGCCCGUCGACUUGAGCGACGACGACGACGAGGAUGACUAG